AUGGAUCUUUCAAGUGACCCAGUAUCUUUCUUUACUAGAAAACGGGCAGCACUUUUUGUUGUUGUUGUUUUUAUUGGUGCAUUGAUAAUGUUAGAUAAUUUAGACGUUGUUUCACAAACUACAUUUGUUGAUGAUAACAAUCUUCAUUCUGGUCAAAUCUUUACUUCGUCUGGAAAUGAGACUUAUUUAGGAAUAAAAGAUUAUGCUCUUUUCCUUCAACAACCAGAAGAGAAAAGAGAUGAUGUUAUUAAGUUAACUAUGUCUCGACUUGGAUUUGAAGUUCAUGAUUAUCAUGAUAAAUAUAAUUCCCAUGGUAUCACUGCUGUGUUAAGACCAAGAAGAACUGAUGAUAGAAAUUGUAUUUUAUUAAUGGGAAGAUAUUCUCAAAAUAAUUCAUCACCAUUAAAUUCUAAUGUUACCAAUAUGUUAAAUACUCUUGGAACUUUGUUUUCUAUUGCUGAGAAGCUUUCAUUACAAGAAUUUCUUGGAAGAAAUUAUAUGUUCCUCUUUCUUGAUGAUUCAACUCAUAUUGGUGUUAAUGAUUUCUUUAAUGAAUAUCAACAACAACCAUUAUGUGGUAGAAUUAUUUCUGGAUUUGAAUUUGAUAUUCAGCCAAUGGUUGCUGGACCAACAAAGAUAUCAUUAGUUGUUGGUACAUAUCCUUUUAUGUCUAAUCAAGAUAUGGUUAACUCUUAUAUAAAAAAUAUUGAAAGAAUAUUUAGUAAUACCGUUGAAAUAUCUAUUACUUCUAAAUAUGUUAAUUCAUCUAUAGAACAAAUGUUAUUACAUUCAAGUUUAAUUAGAUAUUGUGAUAGUGUAGAAGGACCAUUACAUAAUACUGAUAUGCUUCUUAUUCAAACACAAUCAAAUAUAACACAAUUAAAAUACAGUUUUAGAAAUGUAGAUUUUAUAACAAGUACAACUUCUUUAUUAAAGUCAUUUAAUAACUUAUAUCAACAACUUCAAUAUUCUACGUAUUUUUAUAUAUUAUUAGAUACUAAACAUUACAUAAAUUUCAGUGUUUCAAUAAUACUAACUAUCCUUUUUGCUUUAAGUGUUAUUAGUGGAUUACUUCUUAGUAUUUUCCCUCAAUUGGUGUAUUAUGUCUUUAAACCAAAAGACCAAGUUACAAAUGAAUUAAUCAUUGUUUCUGAUCUUCAUUUAUCUGAUAAAUUAGAAAUAUCAAAUAUCACGACUCUAAAGAUUUGGGGUUUAUUUAUCACCUUUUCUAUUAUUUCUUUUGUUUUUUAUUUAUAUUUAUUUGGUUGGAAUAUCAUUUCUAUUGAAGAUACUAUUCGUUUCAAUCAAUUCACUCUUCCUCAACAAAUAUAUCUUAUUAGUAUGGCUAUUUUACCUAUUUGUAUUUCAAUUGUCUUUUCAAAAUGUUGUCGUCAAUCAUUAGCACAACUUCGAAUAUUAGAUGGGUUAAGUGGAUUACCGUCUAUGUGUAUUCUCAGUUUAAUGAUUUUUGCAAAUCAACCACUUGCAAUUGUCUUAGCAAUUUGUAUUGGAGCAUCAUCUAUCAUUCCUUUCAUCUCUUUACAUUGGCGUCCUUCCUUAUACAAACUUGGUAAAAUAAGUUCUCUUCUUUUCUCUGUAGGACCAGUAUUUUAUCUCAUUUAUUACUUUUAUAAAGAUGUGUCAAUUCUUUUCUGUGUUCCUACUAUCGCCUCAAUCAUUAUUCUCACUUAUAUCCCAAUCACAAUGGCUCAUGUCUAUGUCAUGUUUGCUUUUGAAAAUUACUUAUCAGAUUUGAAGAAACAACAAGACUCUUUACUAAAGAAAAUUAACUAA